UUCAAAAAGGUACUCUUUUUUGGAAUUGAUUGAGUGAAAAGAAAAGUAUUACUUAGAUUCUUCUCUUUCACUUUCUGUCUUCAAAAAGAAGAGAUUUUAAAAGGGUUUGAGUAUUUCUUACUCCAUUUUUUCUCUUGUUUCUUUGCAAGAAGGUUCUUUUACUUUCUGGGGUUCAAUGAUUUUGCUUAUAUGAUGUGAUUUCUUGCUUGUUUUCUCCAUGAAACUCCUUUUCUCCAAAUGGAUAUCUGCUUUCUUGCUCUGCUCUUGGCUUAUCUUCUCUGUUGGGCAUUCAGUGGAGGGGCUACAUGGGAAUGCAAGAGUAAGAGCAGUGAACUUGGGUGGUUGGUUAGUUAUAGAGGGGUGGAUAAAGCCUUCUCUUUUUGAUGAUAUACCCAAUGGAGAUAUGCUUGAUGGAACACAGGUGCAAUUAAAAUCUGUGACAUUGCAAAAGUAUAUUUCUGCACAGAAUGGUGGAGGAAUGAAUGUGUCUGUGGAUAGAGACAAUCCAUUAGAAUGGGAAACAUUCAAGUUGUGGAGGGUUUCUGAGUCAGUAUUUCAGUUUCGAACUUCUGAAGGGAAAUUUCUGACAUGCAGUGGUGAUGGAGAUAAUGUGACGGCAACAGCAGAGUCUCCCUCUGAUUCAGAAACAUUCUAUCUCGAAAGGAACUUCAAUAAUAGAGCUCACAUCAAACUGAAAACUGGAACUUAUAUACAGGCCUCAAAUGAUAAUGUUCUCACAGCAGACUUUCCGGGGACGCCAGGUUGGGAUGAUAAUCCAGCCACAUUUGAGAUGACGUUUGUGGGGAAGUUGCAAGGGGAUUACCAGCUUGCUAAUGGAUAUGGGCAUAACAAGGCCAAAGACGUUCUUAAGAAGCAUAGGAAUAGUUUUAUCACUGUAGAUGACUUCGAUUUCUUGUACAGACAUGGAGUAAAUACUGUCAGGAUUCCUGUUGGCUGGUGGAUAGCUUCCGAUUCAAAUCCUCCGGCUCCUUUUAUCAGUGGAAGCUUAGAAGCUCUUGAUAAUGCAUUUUCGUGGGCUCAAGCUUAUAACAUAAAGUGCAUAAUUGACAUUCAUGCUGCCCCAGGUUCCCAAAAUGGGAUGGAACAUAGUGCUAGUAGGGAUGGCACAGUAAACUGGCAGACAUCUCCAGAAUACAUCUCGCAAACAUUGGAUGCUAUGGAGUUUUUAGCUUCCAGGUAUGCCUUGCAUCCUGCCUUGCUGGGAAUCGAGCUUCUAAACGAGCCAUCUGCUGCAGAUGUCUCACUGGAUAUUCUGGUGCCUUUUUACAAACAGGGAUAUCAAAUUGUUCGAAAGUAUUCGCCAACAGCUUACGUGAUAUUUUGCCAAAGAAUUGGCAAUGCAGAUCCAUUUGAACUUUAUCAAGCUAACAUAGGCUCAUCAAACACAGUAGUUGAUUUGCACUACUACAAUCUCUUUGACAGAUACUUUGAUAAACUGACCUCUUUGGAGAAUGUUCAAUUUAUAUACAAGAACAGACAAUCUCAAAUACGGGCGUUGAAUAGCGCCAACGGACCAUUGGUGUUUGUUGGUGAGUGGGUGAACGAAUGGAAUGUGACUAAUGGUUCCUUAGCAGAUUACCAGGAUUUCGGAAGAGUUCAGUUAGAUGUAUACAAUGCAGCCUCUUUUGGAUGGUCUUACUGGACACUAAAGUGCGAAAAGAAGCACUGGGAUUUCGAGUGGAGUAUUCGGAACAAUUAUCUUCAACUGCAACCAGGUAUGUAUGCAGGUAUUUCACAAAGGAAGAGUAUAUCUAGAGUAAUAUUGCUACUUGGAUUGGCAUGCAUUUGGACCUUUCUGCAUUAGAAGAGCCAAAUAAGCCUUUUGAAUCCAGCGGCAUGAAUGAUGGAAUUGAGAAACACAACUAUUCUUUGCAGAAUAUAGGUGAGCGCGCUCACACACACAACGCAAUAGGAUAUUGUAAAACUCGAUAAGAAUGUUCAUUGAUUCGCCAAAUAUGAGAAAAGAUAUCGUGAAUUCUUUCAACAUUCAUGUGUUAUUCCUUA